AUGGCCGAAUCGUACCCGACCCUCACCCAAUGUGCGCUUGUCGCCGGCGCACUCAAAGUUCUCCUCUUCCCGGCCUACAAAUCCACCGACUUUGAAGUCCACCGGAACUGGCUCGCCAUCACCAAUAGCCUCCCCUUGUCUGACUGGUACUACGAGAAGACGUCGGAAUGGACCCUCGACUAUCCCCCCUUUUUCGCCUACUUCGAAUGGGUCAUGUCCCAGGUCGCGAGGCUUGUCGACCCGGCCAUGGUCAAGGUCUACAACCUCGAGUACGAUAGCUGGCAGACGGUCUAUUUCCAGCGGUGGACCGUCAUCGUAUCCGAGCUGGUCCUCGUCUACGCGCUUCAGAGGUUCAUCGACUCUGCCACGGGCGCUACGAGACGAGCUGCCCAAGCUGCCGCCAUCUCCAUUCUUCUGUCGCCCGGCCUCCUCAUCAUUGACCACAUCCACUUUCAGUACAACGGAGCCAUGUACGGCAUCCUCAUCCUGUCUCUCGUCCUCGCCAGAACCAAGUCGGGCCUGCUGGGCAGCGGAUUGCUGUUCGCGGGGCUGCUGUGCAUGAAGCACAUCUACCUGUACUUGGCGCCCGCCUACUUCGUCUUCUUACUUCGCGCGUACUGCCUGUCGCCCAAGUCCAUCUUCAGAAUCCAGUUCCUCAACUGCGUCAAGCUGGGCGCCGGCAUCGCGGCCAUUUUCGGUGCCGCGUUUGGCCCGUUCGUGGCCAUGGGCCAAAUCCCCCAGAUGGUCAGCCGGCUGUUCCCCUUUUCGCGUGGUCUCUGCCAUGCCUACUGGGCCCCGAACGUCUGGGCGCUCUACUCCUUUGCCGACCGUCUUCUCAUCUAUGUUGCGCCCCGUUUCAACCUUCCCGUCAAGGCCGAGGCGAUCAACAGUGUAACCAGGGGACUCGUGGGGGACACCGCCUUUGCCGUCCUGCCCGAGAUCAGCCCGCGCACUUGCUUCGCCCUGACGCUCUUCUUCCAGGCUCUUCCCCUGGUCAAGCUGUUCUUCCAGGCGCCGCCCACCUGGGAUGCCUUUAUCGGAGCUGUCACCCUGUGCGGCUAUGCCUCGUUUCUCUUCGGGUGGCAUGUACACGAGAAGGCCGUCCUGCUGGUCAUCAUCCCGUUCAGUCUCAUCGCGCUCAAGGACCGACGCCACCUGAGCGCUUUUCGGCCCCUGGCCGUAGCCGGGCACGUGUCCCUCUUCCCUCUGUUGUUUACACCGGCUGAGUUCCCGAUCAAAACGGUGUACACCGUCUUCUGGCUGAUCUUGUUCCUCAUGGUGUUUGACCGCUUGGCGCCGGCCUCGCGAAAAGCGAGAGUCUUCCUGCUCGACAGAUUCAGCACGUUCUACGUCGCAAUCAGCAUCCCGCUGAUUUUGUACUGUUCCUUGCUUCACCAGAUCGUCUUUGGGAAGCGGUACGAGUUCCUCCCCCUCAUGUUCACCAGCUCCUACUGCGCCGUGGGGGUGUUUGGCAGCUGGAUAGGCUUCAUGGUGGUGUAUUUUACAUCCUGA